UGGUUUGCUGUUAGUAAUGUAGGAGUGAAGAAAUGUCGCGGUUCAAACUUCUGUCCGGAAACAAACGUUCUGAGCGACAGAAUAUUUGCGCGGUGUUUUACGUUAAACAAAGAAAUAUGUGAACCACACUUCAGAGGCAUACAUCAGUUUCCUGAGGAGUGGCUGGUGAGCCUCAGUCUACAGGAUGAUUCGCCUGAAAUAAAGAUACUUUACUGCCAUCUACGUCAUUUGAAUCUUGCUUCAGUCUCAUAUAACCCCAGCGAGAGGCUGUACAAGGAAUGCAUCAGUGUUCUUCAGAUGCUACAGCAGAAGUUCCAGCCCCUUUCUCACUUGUCGUCAGAACUUGAUGCAGAAGUUGCCAGUGAAACACACUCGUCAGUCAAAUGGAUCAGAGCCUUUUUAGCCCUUGGUGGCAUAGAGAUGUUAGAACGUAUAAUUAUGCAACCUGCAGCGCUUCCACUGGAAACGGCAGCAUGUCAAGUGGAACGCAGCCAAGCCCUUGUACUACAAAGUUGCUGCAUUGAAGUUCUCUUCAGGCUUUGUGUUGAGGAUGGUAACAUUGCCAAGGAGCUUGCUUCCAAAGAACAACUUUUCCACGGCAUUUUGUCACUUCUGCAGUACACGGAAACCUGUGUUGUAGCCUGUGACCUCAUUGAGUGCUUGUUACUAUCAAGGCAUGAAGUGUUGAACCUCACUACAAUACCCAACAUCACGAACCUCAUUGCGCGGUUAGACAACAUUCAGUUGGCAAAUCUCUGCAAGAUUCUCGCCAUCAGUCUGUCAGACCUGGACAUGUAUGAACACAAGACCUCACUCUAUGCACAAUGUAAGGAAAAGAACAGGGACAAUUUCUCCUGUGUACGAGACAUAAAUCAAGAAGUCAUCUUAAAUGUGCCUGGAAUUUUGAAAAAACUUGUUCAAAUUGCUUGUGCCAAACCAUAUACUCCACGAUUUCCUGCAAUUGCGGGGGAGAUGAACCACUGGAUGCAGUGGAUUGACACUCAAGUCACUGCUGAUGCAGAAGGGGCUGAACAACAGUCAGAUUUCGUUGGAGGGAUAUCGCAAUGGAAUCAAAGUACAGUGCAGUUUCAGCACGAGACAGCACUCAAAAUUCAAGCAGAGAUGGCGUUUCGUGCAGAAGCUGUUUAUGUCUUGGGUCUUCUCUUGGUUGGAAAAAGAAGAAAAGAAGUACAGAGAGCUCUUGCAAUGCUUCGUCUGAUUCCACAACUUUCAGAUCUUUUUGAUCAUUUCGUCUGGAAAUAUAGCACUAACAGGGACAGAGGAAGGCUUCCUGGGCACAAUAUCAACUGUGAAUGCAGUCCGGAAGUGGCACUGAAGAUUCAGGUAUUGCGGCUUGUGCACAGCUUCUGCGAGCAUGCAGAGUAUAAGCAUGUGAUGCUAUCGUGGAGUGAGUACAGUGCACUCAAACGCAAUGAAGAUCCAAAGACUACAGCUACCCAAAGUCUAGAACGAAGUCUGAUGUGCACUGGUAGCAAAGGCCUGUUGACAAAAAUUGUGGAGGUACUGAAAAAGGAAGCUGGAAGCUCUACUUUUCGGUUUUGGUUGUCACGUGCUAUUGAAAGUUACCUUCGAGGUUGCACCAGCAGUGCAGAUCAGGACUUCUUACUUUCAAUGGGCUUGCUACAGCUAGUUGCUGGAAAUCUGGUAAACAGCAAUGUACGUCAGAAGGAGGUGUUGCAAAGCAGUUUUGACCUGCUAGGAGAGCUGGUGAAGUUCAACGUCCGUGCUUUUCACCAGCUUGAUAAGAUCAUCAGCACGGAGGCUAAGCAGAAAAAACUAAUCCAGCUGAUGAACUGCCACUUGGUUGACUCCAACAUGUUUGUGCGUAGCCUGGUACUAUCUCAAGAACAUCUAGUUGCUUCAAAGGAUGAUGAAAUUAGAGAUUAUGCAGAAAGAAGAAGUUAUGUCUUGAGCCACAUUGGAGAACAAAGGACCAGAGUACGUUAUCUGAAGAAAUUGAUCUCACUGGUGAACAUCUCCAAUCUAACUCAGGAAAAUGUUAGCUGUGUGAACACUGCACUGGUGUUGCUUGUCUUUGCUCAGCAGCGUGGAGAGUUAGUGUCAUACCUGGGAGCCUUGCAGGCCACCCCCGCUGUAGAAGGAAGUACACCUUUGAGCAACAAGCCAUACCUGCUUACAUGUCCUGAGGCAGGCAGUGGACUCAGAAUGCAGUCUGUCUCUGGGAAUCCUACUCUGUUACAGAACCUUCUUGAACUGCUUCACUUUUGGCAAGAGCACUAUCUUCACAAGGACAAGGACUGUUCUGCACUUGAGAAAAGCUCACGAAUUAGCUUCAAUCGCUGGAAAGCCAUGGUGAACACUCUGGUAUCAGGUGACCUAGCCAAUUCUACAUCAUUAGUACACCACGUUCCAGCAGGACCCAGCACCAGGGACAGCUGAUCCCAUACACAGGCCCAAUUUGACUCACCUGGAAGGGUUGCCUACCAAAAUGGGACAAAGCGAGAGCAAUGAAUGGUUCCGGACAACACGGACACAUUGACCAUGCCAGAGACUGAGUGUACCCUCACUACAACACAGAAAUUUUUAUCUCUUUGUCAUUCUGGGUGCUUUUUCUGCAGAACUUUGCCUGUCAAGACUGGGUCUGUUGCAUGGGGAAUUUAUUAACUGUAAAGAUAGUGAAUGCGAUGGGCAGUAAGUACAUGUAUGCACUGACAGAUUAGUUCCACUGACCUGGGGCCUCACCCGCGUAUUUCUUCCGGAGCUAAUGUCUUUGGGGGUGGGGGUGGGGGGGGGUGAAAAGGGGGUAACUACAUGCUGGAGGUGCUACAAGGAGCAUGAACAUUUUCCACAAGAACAACACACUCGACCCAUGUCUCCGGUCUGCAGUGCAAAGUAGACUUGGCCUUCUUGUAAUGCUGUUCUUCCCUUGUGUCGCACAUUUGAAAGACCAGAAGCAACAUUAUUUUGUGUGCGACUUUUGCUUUAAAGUGUGAAGUAUAACAUUAAAAUCCUCUCUGCUGGUUCAUAAGCAAAAAUCAACAUAAAAAAAUAACUUUGCAAAAUACAUAAUAUUGCCACAGUAAAGAAUCUCUGUGUGAGCAUGCAUCAUGGAAGAGCGUAUUGGUCUGACGUGUACGAAAUGUAUACAGCGAAACCCUCGUUAGUAUGACCCCCAUUAAUCUGACAUGCUUGUUUUAUGACUGUUUUUCUUGGGAACCGUUUUGCCACCAUGUAAAUCCACCUGCAUUAGUCAGCAUGACAAUUCGCUUAUCUGACAAUGACAGAGAUUUGUGUCACGAGUAGGGCCAAACACACACAUCAUCCGCUCAUUAUUAUGACUGCGGCACUCGACUCUCAGACCAGCCCCAAGGAGAGAGAGGCUACCACGUGCCUCAGACAGAGGGCGACAUGUGUUAAAGUAGGCCGACAAGGCUUGGGAUGACUCCUGAUGUUGCUGACCUCGGGAUUACGCAUAGCGCUUUUCGAACUGCUAAAGCGCGCAAGUGCUUAAAAAGGCAGUGACCACAGGACCAGGUCACGCAGUGCUUUCCGAGAGUGACAUAUUGUGUCUGCCCAGAGGUCGCCCGAUAACGCUGUGGAUCGGGUGCUUGGUGAGCUGAGUGGGCCCCACUCGUCACUGCGAAGGAGGCAAGCCAAGCCUGAAAGGUUGCACUGUUGUUCUUUGAGCAAUAGAUGGACAUUUACAAGAAGUGUGAAGUUGAUGGUGCUAUUGUCCAUUUAGAAAAAUUAAUUACUGCUCCAAGUAGACAUUGGUAACUGGAUUUUUCAGAAAAUAAAUCAUAGUUCCAUAGGCUUUUGUUCUGCGUAGCGAUCUGUCCGGAGGGUGCAUGUCAGUGUGACAAUUCGCUUUAUGACCAAAAUCCACAGGAACUGUGGUGGUCAUAUUAACGAGGGUUCACUGUAGUUAUUGUAGUUUGGUUCUUAACUCUUUCUAUGCAUGGCGACAUGUACCAGAUAUCUUUUUUCAAGUUUUCAAUUAACAAAUUGCUUUUAUGUCAUCAGUGAAUUCUUUGUUAUUACGUUUUUUUUUCACUUCUAAUGUUGUACAACGAGUAGGAGGAAAAAUAUGAGGCACAAAGGAGACAACUUGUUUGCAUGCCUUUGAGACAUACGUAUAUACGAGGGGUGUUCAAGUCAAACCGGGACUUUGUCUCCUGAGUGUACAAAUGGCUCGCGCUACUUCUUUUUCGUAAUUUUCACACGCUACAGGCCUCCACGUUCACCACAUGGUGGUCCAAAGUUUGUGCAAAACAGAAGACACGUGCUGGACAAGAUGGCCGACAAUGAGGUGAGCGCGCACAUCGAACAGCGAAUUGUCAUGAAGUUUCUCGUGAAUGAAGGCGUAAAGUCAUCUGAAAUUCACAAGACUUCAGGCUCAGUAUGGCCACGAUACACUUAGCCGCAACAAAGCAUUUAAGUGGUGCAAACGGUUCCGAGACUGCCGUACAUUAGUGCAGGACGACCCCGGCCGGGGCGGCUCAGAGCCCAGUGUCAGUGUCAGUUCCUGAGAACAUCCAUCUUGUGGAGCGCCUGAUCCUCAAGGACCAAUGGAUAACAUGUCUCGAUAUCAAUAGUGCAUAUAGUACGAUCAAUAGUGCAUAUUACUGCCAGGUUCUCAGGGGUGUGCAUAAGGCGCUGAAGCAAAAGCGGCCGGGCCUCAUCACCAGAGGAGGAGUCCUCCUACAGGACAAUGCACGCCCGCAUACCGCUCAUCUCACGACACGCGCCUUACAGGAACUUGGCUGGGAGUUGCUGCCACAUCCCCCUUACAGUCCAGACCUCGCCCCCAGCAAUUUCCAUUGCUUCGGGCCACUGAAGGCGUUCCUUGGGGGCCCAGCUGCGACAACGAGGUCAAAAAUGCGAUCCGACCGUGGCUGCUACGCGCCGGUAAGGAUUUCUACGCUGCUGGCAUCCAAGCCCUUGUGAAACGCUGGGACAAGUGCAUUAGUGCAGCUGGAGAUUACGUGGAAAAAUAAAACUGAUUUCUCGCCUGUAAGUUCAUUUUACUUUUGCGAAAAAUGAAAAGUCCCGGUUUGACUUGAACGCCCCUUGUACAUAAUCGACAGCUUUAAGCCACUCAAAAGUAAUGUUCACCUGCAGCAUCCAUUAUGUGCAAGAAUGCAUGGAAUGCUGUACAGGUGAACAGUUUUCAUUUGUAGCAUCCUCUUUUUGUGCAUUAUGCAUAUUUAAAUUCAAAAACUUGGCCACUUUCUUGCUAUUCUGCAAGAACAAAUAGCCAAUAUAUGUUCAUUGUGAUGGGAACUCUUAUUGUACAUCUCAUAUUUCAUUUACAUCACUAACCUGUACAGGGCUCUCUCUCAUUGUAUUCUCCAGAGGGCAAAUUUGCAAACUAUAUUUGUAAACAGCAGUACAGGUAUUAACAUACUUUUGUCUUUUUUGUCAGAAUGCCUCUAUUGUGCAUACCCUAUUUCAUGAAUGGAUGAAUGUAGAAAUUGGUACGUACUUUGUUGUGUGUACAACUUGUAAAAUAUUCUUGCUCUGUUCAGUUUCAUUAAAAGAACUGUGAAACAAC